CCGUCGCCGGUCGCACCGCGGCGGCGCCGGGAGCGCUUUUUGGGGUGCAACGCGGGGGUUUUGGGGCCGCCGGUGACGUCAUGGCCUUCGCCGAGCUGCUGGUGCGCCUGGGGGGGAUGGGCCGCUUCCAGGUGGCCACCGUGGCCCUGUUGGCCAUGCCCGUGUUCAUGAUGGCGAGUCACAACGUGCUGCAGAACUUCACGGCCGCCGGCGUCGCUCACCGGUGCCGGCUGCGCUGGGAGGACGGUGACAAUGGUGACAAUGGUGACAAUGGCACCGGCCCCGGGGAGCGGCUGCGGGCGUGGGUGCCGGCGGGCGAGCAGUGCCGGCGCUUCGUGGCCCCGCAGUGGUGGCUCCUGGAGCCCAACGCGUCGGUGGCCAACGCCACGUGGCCCGAGACGGAGCCGUGCCGGGACGGCUGGACGUACAACCGCAGCGUCUUCAGCAGCACCAUCGUCACCGAGUGGGACCUGGUGUGUGGCCAGCGGGGGAUGAAGCAGGUGGCCCAGUCGCUCUACAUGGCCGGGGUGCUGCUGGGGGGCCUGCUCUUCGGGAGCCUCUCGGACCGGUUCGGGCGCCGCUCGGUGCUGAGCUGGUGCCACCUGCAGCUGGCGGCCAUGGGGACGGCGUCGGCCUUCGCGCCCACCUUCGCGUCCUACUGCGCCCUGCGCCUGCUGACCGGAGCCGCCUUCUCGGGGGUGCUGCUCAACAGCGUGUCCCUCGCUCUGGAGUGGAUGCCGACGCGCGGGCGGGUGCUGGUGAGCACCUUCAUGGGUUACUGCUACACGGUGGGGCAGAUCCUGCUGGCCGGGAUCGCCUACGCCGUCCCCCAUUGGCGCUGGCUGCAGCUCACCGUGUCCCUGCCCUUCUUCGGCUUCUUCUGCUGCUCCUGGUGGGUGACGGAGUCGGCGCGCUGGCUGGUGAUGGCGGGGAGGCCCCAGCAGGCGCUGCGGGAGCUGCGCAAGGUGGCCAAGCUCAACGGGAAGAAGGAGGAAGGGGACAAGCUGGACAUCGAAACCCUGCACUCCCACAUGCAGACGGAAACGCCAGCGGCCGGGCAGCGGCACUUGGUGCUGGACCUGGUGCGGACGCCGGCCGCGCGCCGCAUCUCCUGCUGCCUCAGCUUCGUCUGGUUCUCCACCAGCUUCGCCUACUACGGGCUGGCCAUGGACCUGCAGAACUUCGACUUCGACAUCUUCGUGAUGCAGAUGGUGUUCGGCGCCGUGGACGUCCCGGCCAAGCUCGUGUCCGUCUUCACCAUGACCUUCGUGGGCCGGCGCUUCACGCAGUCCUUCACCCUCAUCUUGGCCGGUUUGGCCAUCCUGGCCAACAUCGUGGUGCCGCAAGAACUGCGGUCGCUCCGCACCACGCUGGCCGUGCUGGGGAAGGGCUGCUUGGCCGCGUCCUUCAACUGCGCGUUCCUGUACACGGGCGAGCUCUACCCAACCGUGAUCCGACGGGGAUGGGCUUGGCCAACACGCUGGCGCGGGUGGGCAGCAUCAUGGCGCCGCUGGUGCGCAUGGUGGGGGACGUGGUGCCGGUGCUGCCACUCGUCAUCUACGGCGCCGCCCCGGUGCUGUCGGGGCUGGUGGCCGCGUUCCUGCCCGAGACCCGCGACACCGCGCUGCCGGAGACAAUGCAGGACCUGCAGCGGAGGCCCCUCCCCCGCGAGGACGGCGCCGGGAGCCUCCAGGUGCCGCUUCGCACCGGCGUCACCGCGGGGGCCUCAUAGAGCCCCCCCGCCCCCCCCAGGACCCGAACCCCCAAAUCCCACCCCCAGAGCCCCCACAUUGAUGCAGUGGGGGGGGGGGGUUGGGGGGCUCCCCCCCCCGCAAAGAGCCAAGUGACACGGGUGACAUUGGCCACCGAGUGUCCCCAUGGAGGUUGGGGACAAUGUCCCCUCCCCCCCCACCAAAAUAA